AUGGGUAUGUGUGAUAACAAAACCAACCUCCUACUAAUGGUAGUGAACGGAGUGACGGUGUUAGUGGGAAUACUGGUCACUAUUUGUGGGGUCCUGGGGAUCCUCAACCAGGCUACUAUCCAGGAGUACAGCGGCGGGUACAACAUAGAACUGGUGAUGUACGGAGUAGUAAUUACAGGAGUUAUUAUUCUACUAGUAGGCGCUGUCGGCUGGUACGCUGGUCUAACAAGUAGCAUCAAGGUGUGCAGGAUAUAUUGUGCCCUCAUCCUCAUUAUUAUUCUGCUCCAGGCUGCCUUCGCUGUCGUUGAGUACCUACAAAAGGGAGAUGUGGUAGAGGAAGUGGAAAGUUACAUGAACCAGACCUUCAACGGGACUGCUUACAAUGACAUGACAAACGCCACUCAGCAGAUAGUUGACCUUAUUCAAGAGAAAUUGGAGUGCUGCGGGUUGGAAAAUUCGACUGACUGGAAGGGAGAUCUGCCAGCCUCUUGCUGCUCCAGUGACCCUAACUCUAACUCUACCGAAGUGCUUGUUAAGUGUACCACUGAAACCGCCUACGCAGCUGGGUGCAGGGACGAAGCACUAGCCUUCGCUGAUAAAGCUGUCAUGUUCACAUUUUAUAUCCUCUGCAUAGGAUUCUUCUUGGAGAUCAUGUGUAUAUUUGCUGCAUGCUGGGUAGCCAGGGAGGCUAAAAGGUACUCCAAACUUAGUAGCCAGUAA